AGCUAGAUAGUCAAUGUCUGAAUGUCUUCCCCCGCGCGUCUAUAUAAGUCAGUUCCACCUCGCAUUAUUCAGAGUACCAGGGAACCAUCGAACUACCAGCACCUCCUGAUGAAGACUAUUCUACUCCUCAUUGUUGUGGCCUUUGCCGCUGCAAGACCGAGCAAAGAUGCACGAAUCGCUAACUUUGUCUUCGGCAUAGGAGAAGACGGAGGCUAUUCAGCAAACUAUAAGACUACGAACGGAAUUACAUCAGAAGAAGAAGGAAUCUCCUACCCUGGCAACUUACCAGAAUCUGGCAACUACGUGAGGAGCGGCUCCUACUCGUACGAAUGGGAGGGCGUCACCUACACGGUCACCUGGACGGCCGACGAGAACGGCUUCCACCCGGAGGGUGACCACCUGCCGGACUUCAGCCACACCGAGGAGCAUAUCGGGGCGAUUGAAGAUGAAACUACAUUCGUGUGAUUGUAACGCCUAGCCGAGCUGAUACUUAGCGACAAGGGAAGCUGCAAGUGACAAUUAGUCAUAUUCAAUGGAAAUGGUUUGAGCUGUAUGCUUCUUAGUCUAAUUUGUCGUCCGUGUCUACUAAAAUGAUAACACGUUGUAGUGAAUGGAAAAAUAAAUGGCUUCUCUUCGUU